CCUUUUCCACGUUGUGUUAGCAGGAAGACCCAUUCAUGGUUGACCUCCUUAGCUGAAGUUGUAAUAAUCCGUACAUUUUUGUUCUGUGGAGCGGUAUGGAGUGACACUAGGGCGGGUUUGGUCGUAACCGACAGACGGGGCCAACACUGGCGUUUUAACCAUGUCCGUAAAUCGGUGUUUAACUCUGUUUUCCCGGCUUCAGCGCCACUUUCACCACCGGACCGCUUGCAUCGGGGCUGCUGGUGGAAGCUGUCAUGUGUCUGCUGGCUCUGGUUUGUUGCGAGGACAACAUCGGGCUGGUUCUGUGGUGGUUUGUAGCAGAACUGUCUCAUCCGACCAUUCUCCUCCCAAAGCCCCGGACACGUCUCUGUUUGUCCCCGUGUCUCUAAAAACAGACCUCGCAGUAGAUGGUAGUGUGGGAGCAGAACUGACACAGCAGCUCAACAAAGAUGAACUACUGAAAAUUUUGAACCGCUUUUACAAGAGGAAGGAGAUGCAGAAGCUGGCAUCAGAUCAUGGUCUGGAUGCUCGCCUCUUCCACCAGGCCUUCAUCAGUUUCAGGAAAUAUGCCUUGGAAGUGACAGGACUCCCUGCUGAUCUGCACAUCAUCCUCAGUGACAUCUGCUGCGGCGCAGGUCACAUAGAUGACAUCUACCCAUACUUUAUGCGCCAUGCCAAGCAAAUCUUUCCCAUGCUGGACUGUAUGGAUGACCUGAGAAAGAUCUCAGACCUCAGAGUCCCUGCCAACUGGUAUCCUGAGGCCCGUGUCAUUGAGAGGAAAGUGAUUUUUCACGCUGGUCCCACAAACAGUGGUAAAACCUAUCAUGCCAUCCAGCGCUACCUGGCUGCUAAAUCUGGAGUCUACUGUGGUCCACUGAAACUGCUGGCCCACGAGAUCUUUGAGAAGAGCAAUAAUGCUGGUGUGCCAUGUGACUUGGUCACAGGAGAGGAGAGGACGUUUGUUAAUGUAGAGGGUCGAGCCUCUGAUCAUGUGGCCUGCACCAUUGAGAUGUGCAGUGUCAACACACCUUACGAAGUGGCUGUAAUUGACGAGAUUCAGAUGAUCAGAGACCCUGCACGAGGCUGGGCCUGGACAAGAGCACUACUGGGUCUCUGUGCAGAGGAGAUCCACAUAUGUGGAGAACCUGCAGCUAUAGACUUUGUCAAAGAGCUGAUGUUCACCACUGGAGAGGAGGUGGAGGUGAACACCUACCAGCGCUUAACUCCGUUCUCGAUCUUGGAUCAGGCCGUGGAGUCGCUGGACAACCUGAGACCAGGAGAUUGCAUUGUCUGCUUCAGCAAAAAUGACAUCUACUCCAUAAGUAGACAGAUUGAGGCCAGAGGACUGGAGUGUGCUGUGAUUUAUGGGAGCUUACCUCCAGGCACAAAACUGUCUCAGGCCAAGAAGUUCAAUGACCCUGAUGACCCCUGUAACAUCCUGGUUGCUACAGAUGCCAUUGGAAUGGGCCUCAACCUGAGUAUAAAACGAAUAAUCUUCAACAGUCUGGUGAAGCCCAGUAUUAAUGAGAAAGGGGAGAAGCAGAUGGAAACCAUCAGCACGUCACAGGCUCUGCAGAUCGCUGGUCGAGCUGGGAGGUUCUCAUCCAAGUUUACAGAAGGAGAAGUUACCACCAUGUACAGAGAUGAUCUGCUUGUCCUGAAGGAAAUCCUCAGCCACUCUGUUGACCCCAUACAGACUGCCGGUCUUCAUCCCACAGCAGAACAGCUAGAGAUGUUUGCGUAUCAUCUGCCUGAUGCUACACUCUCCAAUCUUGUUGACAUAUUUGUCAGCCUAUCUCAAGUGGACGGUCUCUAUUUCGUCUGCAACAUUGACGACUUCAAGUUUCUGGCUGACAUGAUUCAGCACAUCCCACUCAACCUGAGGUCACGCUACGUCUUCUGCACCGCUCCCAUCAACAAGAAACAAACUUUUGUUUGCACCUCCUUCCUCAAGUUUGCUCGUCAGUUCAGUCGCGACGAGCCGCUGACUUUUGACUGGAUCUGUCGCCAUAUCAGCUGGCCUCUGGCUGAGCCCAAAAACAUCAAAGACCUGGUUCACCUGGAAGCUGUUCAUGACGUGUUGGACCUUUACCUCUGGUUAAGCUACCGUUUCAUGGACAUGUUUCCAGAAACCGCCUUGGUUCGACAAAUCCAGCAGGAGCUCGAUGACAUCAUCCAACAGGGCGUCCGAAACAUCACUCGUCUCAUCAGGGCCACUGACAAGGCCGUUCCUGGCCAAGCCACUGUUAAAAGUGGAGUGGCUGGUAGUUCCGAUUUAAUCAGCAGCAGAGGUCAGAGUGGACAGAGAGGUCAGAGUGGACAGAAAGGUGAGAUGAUGAACAGUUCUCUCGCUGGUCGUCUGGUGAGAGACGGGCUGUUGACCCCAGAUUUGCUGCGGCAGCUGCAGAGGGAGUGGUCCAAAGAUCAAAAACAGGAUGACACCACUCGGAAUGCGCACGGCACAGAACAUCAUCACAAUAACAACAAGGGGAAAAGCAAAAAGAAGAAGAAAUGAAGUUCCGUUGUUGGUUGCACAAACUCUCAACUGUUCCCGUGGUGAUCAAUAACCAAUACAAGCCUUGGACGAUAUCUGAUUGUGUGAAAUAGUGAUUUUAAGCAAGUCUGGGAACUUUCCUGGGCCAUAAAAAGCUUUUAGCUUGUGCUGCAAAACAACAACAACGACACUUCCCUUUAUGUCCAUCUGCAUUCCACUUUAUUUUUAUCAGGCUAAAACAAAACGCUUCCUCCCACAGCCCCAAAAACAUGCAGAUUUGGGGAUUAUGCAAAUUGGAAAAUUGACUGUAGGUGUGACUGAUCGAGGGGUGGUUGUUUGUCUCUAUGUGACCCUGUGAAGGACUGGCUGUACCCCUGUCAGCUGGGAUCGGCACCAGCGUCCCCCGCGACCCUCAUGUAGAGGAUAAAGAGGUCGAAGAUGAGUGAGUGAGUAAAACAAACUAUUGAUGGGAAUCGUUUGUUGUUCACUUUCCUGCUGAUGAAUUAUCCCUUAUCCCCCGAUGAUCUCGAAUAUUAACACAAAAGAAAUACAACCAUUUGUCUUGGAAUCCUUGAGGUAGAUGGCAUGACCUAUGUCAGAUUUACCACAGUCCUAUGUUACACUGUGAAAAAUGCAGGAAAGUGUGAAUAAUGCAGUUGUGGAAUUAUUUUACAUCUGCUUUCAUGGGUUUGUGCAGCAGAAGUGGCUGCAUAAGCUCAGACCGUAGAUCAUGUGCAUUUGGGUCAAUAUGAAGCAUUCAGUCAAAACUGUUCUCUAAUCAUUUCCAUUCUCUGUGAACUCACAGUAAACAUUUUGAAAAAUAA